CGAAUUUCUUGCUUUCUCUCUUAAUUUUCCAACUAAUUUCCAUCUAAUUCUUUUUUUUAGAGGGGUAUAAAUUUUUUGGCCCUCCUUUCUCAAACAAUUUUUUCCAUCCCCUUAAUCAAUUUUCCCAUAAUUGGUUCUUGCAUUUCUUCAAUUUGACCCUUUUCUCAAAACCUCGAUUUUUCGUUUCGAAACCAUUAAAUCAAAAUUUAAUCAUCUCCAAAAUUCGGAGAUUCGAUAUAGAUAUCAUCUACAUAUAAAAGAAAGUUACGUAAAACAAACAUCAUUGUUUGUUUAUUUGGAGAAAUUUAGUUUAUUAUAAAAAAGAAAGAUGGAUCAAGCCGAGCUUAAACGAGUUUUCCAAAUGUUUGAUCGAAAUGGAGAUGGAAAAAUCACAAAAAAGGAGUUAAACGACUCCCUACAAAAUUUGGGAAUAUACAUCCCAGAUAGAGAGCUUUCUCAAAUGAUCGAAAAAAUCGACGUAAAUAAAGACGGUUUCGUCGACAUGGAAGAAUUUGGAGCAUUAUACCAAACAAUAAUGGACGAAAGGGACGAGGAAGAAGACAUGAGGGAGGCAUUCAACGUGUUCGAUCAAAACGGUGACGGUUUUAUUACCGUUGAGGAAUUAAGAUCGGUUUUACAAUCAUUAGGGUUAAAACAAGGAAGAACAAUUGAUGAUUGUAAGAAGAUGAUUAGCAAAGUGGAUGUUGAUGGUGAUGGAAUGGUUAAUUAUAAAGAGUUUAAGCAAAUGAUGAAAGGUGGUGGAUUUGCUGCUUUAGGUGCAUAGAAGAUUUGAAGUUUUUUCUUCGGAAAAAAAAAAAGCAAAAAAGAAAAGGUAUUGCCGUCAGUCCAGUUAUACUCGUCGUUAUAUGGAAACAAAAAAGUUUAAAAGAUGUAAAACAAGAGGAACAUUUCAAAGGAGAAAUGUGUAUUCCUUAAUAGUGGGGGAUGUAUUGAAUUGGGAAGAGAUCAUAAACUAGUAAGGCCUCUCAAUUAAUUGUAUGAAUUCAUGGAACAAAUGUUGAUUUUUGAUUCUUGUAAGAUUCUAGAUUAUCAAUGUUGAGGUUUUUAUUCACAUUGA